AUGCUAAAAAAGAUUUUUAUAGCAGCUAAAACGUUAGAGUUAGCAGGAAUUGAAAAUGAAGAAUUUGCGGCUGCUCCCACCUUCUCCAUUAAGCAAGUAUACCUCAAACUUAGAGGAUGCCACCAGAAGGUAUGUUGGAGAAGGUUCGUUUGCAACAAUCAAGGCUCCCCAAAGUGGGUAUUCAUACUCUACCUAGCACUUAAUAGAAGGCUUUACACCCGUGAUAGACUAAAGAAAUGGGGCAUAACAAAUCAGGUUGUUUGCCCGCUAUGUGGAACUGAACCGGAGACAAUAGACCACCUGUUCUUUCAAUGCUCUUUCUCUGCAGCAGUUUGGGAGAAACUACUGAUGUGGCAAGGGUACCAAAGGAAGGCAAUGGACAGGACAAACGAGGUACUAUGGAUGUGCGCACAGGUAAAUGGAAAAGCUGCUCAAUCUCAAGUAUGUAGAAUGGUGGUUGCUGGUAGUGUCUACAUCCUAUGGCAAGAAAGAAACAACAGAGUUUUCCAGCAGAAGGAGAGGACACCAGAGAUAUUGAUUAGGAUGAUAGUGCAAGAGGUGAUGGUUCGAGGAAGCUUGCAACCACGGUUAGCAUACAGAAUGGCCCAACUGGACUACUAUCCCGUAUAG